CGAUCCGCCCACUCGUGGCUGGGAGAGCUGAAACCGGCACAAGGUUUCGCUUCCCUUAGUUUGAUCGACCGUCACAUCUUUGCCGCCCGCCUAUCCCUCGGAACCGAAACUGUGACCUCGACCGAACCGCGACAAAUGAAACAGACGAGCUGAUGGGAUGAGCAAAGGUGGCUUAGAGAGCGGGUGGUGCCGCCUGUCCAUGGUUGCUUUUGGAAGGGAAACAAGAUGGGAUCGACACGAGAGGCGCAACUUGACUUUGCUGAUGCCGUGGUUGUUUGGCACUCUCGGCGCGUGUGUGUUACGUAUGUCUCUCGUCGGCACCAAAAGGUUGGAUGGAAAGAAAGAAGAAAGAAUGAAAGGAUUUAGUUAGUUAAUGAUUUGGUGUUAAGGCAAAAAUGCCAAAC